UAGUAAGAAGGAGCCGUCUUUGAGCUACAACUCUGCCUGGACAAUGACAGCAGCCGGCUGGGUCAUCUUGCUGUCUGUCACAUUCACCGUGGCACAAAAACUCAGUGGGGAGGCAGACACCUACCAUGUGAGUGCUGGUUACCUCUUUGUGCUGCGGUGCCCUCCUGAAGUCAAACACACGAACGUGACGUGGAGCCGAGGGGGGGGGCACAACCUGAGCCUGCCGUCCGGAGUGGAGGUCAUCGACGGGUUACUCUGUUUCCUACCUGUGCAGAUGUCUCAUAAUGGAUCGUAUACCUGUGAGAAAUGGGGUGAGACUGGUGUGACCAUCGGGCUGUCAGUGUCCAGUGAAAAGUGUCCUGAAGUUCCUGAAACCAAACCCAUCUCUGCGGGAGUCAAUGAUGGUGUUCCCUGCAAACAACCAGAGAUUUUCAAUCUGAAAACCACAACGAAUACACGAUGGCUGAAGGACUGCGAACCAGUGCAGAGGUACAUCUCUGUAGAGGAGCGUGGCUUAAUGAGACUGAAUGGAUCCUCAGAGAGCGAUGCUGGGAAAUAUACCUGCAUGGUAGACGUCACCUUCAACGGCAGGAAGUUCACGGCGGCACGCAGCAUACGGUUGGCUUUCAAAAAUAUUGAGAUUGCAGUCAAGCCUGAGGUGAUUUACCCUCAACAGGAUGUCGUCGUGGUUAAAGAGGGUACGACAGCGGAGCUGAAAUGUAAAGCCUACAUCGGCAUUAGUGAGGAGCACGACACCUACAUGUAUUGGACUGUCGACAACAUUUCGACUGACGAUUUUACGCAGCUCAGUGAUUCCUGGCAAUCUCUCAGGGAAGAAGGCAGAGUGUUCGGUUUGUCCACCCUGUCCAUUUCAGAAGUUCACCGUCAGUUCAUCAAUGUCCCCAUUUCCUGCUGCGUACGGACCACUCUUGAACGUAAAUGUGGUGUGGCGAGGCUUCAAGAAGCGGACCACAGUGCGCUCUACACCAGCGUCUCUCUCUGCAUCUCAGCCUCCCUCGCUGUCGCUGCCUUCCUCUUCUUUAAAGUGGAUCUGGUGUUGGCCUACAGGAAAGUCUUGAGACAUUUCUCCAAACAACAAAUUUCAGAUGGGAAGCUUUACGACGCCUAUGUGAGUUUCCUCCAUCCAGACACGCUCACUUCAGAUGUAACGGCAAACUUCGCCCUGCAGAUCCUGCCGAAGGAGAUGGAGAAACACGGCUACUCGCUGUUCAUCAGAGGACGAGACGACUGCCCUGGAGAAGCGGUGCAUGACGUCAUCGCUGCUAUGGUGCGCCGAUGCCACAGGUUGAUUAUCAUCCUGUCACCAGACAUAAGAUCCUCCACUGAGGGCGAAACGGAGGAAGUGGAAACCCUGUGUGACAACCAAACUCAGCUGUGUUAUGAGCAGAAAAUCGGCGUCCACGACGCUCUGACCCGCAACGAGCCCCGAGUCAUUCUGGUGGAAAUCGGCUCGGUGGAUUACAGAUGCCUUCCGGAGUCUCUGCGCUACAUCAAGAGGAAACAAGGAGCUUUGAAGUGGAAGAAACCCUCCCUUAAAACCAACACAUGUAUCAAGUUUCGCUCCAACAGAAACUUCUGGAAGAGUCUGAGGUACAACAUGCCCUCAGUGCCUUCAGGGAAACUCCACACCAUUGUUUAAAUGCCUGUUUCCUGGGAAUACUUAUUUUGACGUAGAAGACAUCCUGGAUCGGUUUGUUAGGUUAGGUUACAUGAUUCAUGUAAACAAACAAGACUGAUAGCCUGGCUCGUUGCACACUGAAUGCAACCCAGAGAGACAUCUGCUGGAUUUCUUCCUGGAUUCAAACUCCUUAAACAAAUCUGCUCAACAUGUUACAGACUUUCAGCUAUGUUCACAUUACUCAACAGUUUACCAGUGUAAUGUACUAUUAUAUUUAUAUGAUGCGUGUUUUGUAUAUAUUCAAGUCAUUAGACAGUCUUUAUUUAAAAAUGUCCUUGUACCUGGACAUGGGCUUAAUGAAGAAGAAGAAAUACACCUUCCAAGAACAGCAUAGCUGUUUCUGUUUUGAGCUUCUUGCAAUGUUUUUCCGUGAAGUUGGUGAAGAUGUUUCUUCAUUUGCUUUGUUUUGGCACAUUUGUGCUGCGGGUUUCUCCUAAUGGAAAUGUUUUGGGCCGUUGUAGUGUGUUGGCACCUGUCAGCCACCUUAGAAAAGGGUUUAUAGACUCAAUGUGUAAUACGUUUUGAAAGGAUGUUUACUCAACACUGAUAUCAACCUGUAUUUCAUUAUUACUGAGUUAUUCUCUGCCUCAUAUCAUCCAAGGGUGUUAUUUACCACUUUUGCCUAAAAAGUCAUGGUUUCUGGAAAAGUAUUUAUUCGUCAGCCUGGUUCUUGAGAAGUGAUGUCCAGGAAUUUCUGAUUUUUCUAUUCCAGCUUUCUGGAAUCCAGCUUGUUUAGACUUAUACAGUAUGAGCCAACUAUUUAGUGGGAAUCUGCUUAACAUGACCAAAUUCAUUCAAUCGAACGUCAUUUGAAACCCACAUUUGGAUCAGUCACUGGGUGAGGCUUUUCCACUUGUACAAACAUUAAUGAAACGCAGAUUAAACUAUUUAAUUGUGAGGGUAUGACGUCCCUGGAAACUUCAUUUCGAUCCUCAGCCUUACACUUCUGGCCAAUCCCAUCUCUUGGGGAAGCUGGAAAAAUCAGGAAAUAAUGAAGUUGAGGACGUUUUUGAAGUGAUUUUGCCUGUCUUUCCUACACCAGCAAACCUAAUCGAGGUGUUGUUGUUGUGCAGGGACUCGGGUCUUCACCGUUUGGUUACAAAAAGAAAAACAGCAGCAUGUGACAACCAGAAGCAGGAAACAGGUGCUAAAACAAAAACAGUUUAACCAAGGUAUUACAAAAACUGUGUGCAUAACAAUAUGUAACUUUAUGGUGUGAUUUAAAUGUAUUUUAUUUCUCUUAUGAGGACUGUAUUAAGCGCUGUGGAAACCUUGUAUCUCCGGGUCUUGUUCUCGAGUUAGGGGACAAUAGAGCGUGAGAUGGAUGGAUCGAAACCUUGGCAUUUUUCAAGGAUCCUGAUACACACAAGGGCAUUUCUGCUAUCAUGCUAAACAUUCCUUGAUGUUUAGCUAGUAUUUUGCUCACCAACAACCAAAAUAUUGCAAAUGAAAUGCCUAAACCAUGCAUGUUCUCUAAAAAAACUCUUCAUACGCAAGUGUGGGAAGAGAAAGGCCCUUUUAGACUGAAGUAACCCUUCAAUAAUGUUUCAUUAUUGAAUCAUAGUUUGUCUAAUAAGGGUAUCAUUGUUUAUGCGUUUUAUAACUUUACAUAUAUAGUUCAACCAGUAGAACAUGUAUAAGUGAGUGCGUGCUCUUACACUCUUGGCGAGUGACAGGAUCUCCCUUAUCAACAAAUUCGAAGAAUCUUGCAAAGAUAUUUCCUGUUCAGCUUUCCAGAGAAACAUGUUCUUAUCUUUGUCGACUUAUCUCACUUUCUCUCAAACAUCCUGUACUUGCAUUUUUUUUCAACCUCAUUCUCUAUAUACCCGAAAAUAACCGAAUAAUAUUGUUUUUAUUUGUAAUAUUUGACAAGUCUAUGAAACAUUUUGUUUGUUGGCAACUUUUCUAAACGUUGACUUGCAAAUAUAAUGUUCCUAAUUCAAAUGUAACUUUUAUAUAAGGCUGAACAGUUUGCUA